AAACAAAAGCGAUUCAACGGAAUAUUGUGCGAUUAAACUGAUUAAAUGGUGAGUUAGUUAAACGGACGAUACACUUCUAUAUCUAAUUUAGCAGUUUAAACUCAUUUAAAGUGUCAAAAUGUGCAGCUGUAUUUUAAAAACAGGCUGGAGGUUUGCUGAUGAUGUCGACCUUUCCAUCUUCUUCCUCCAAGAGCUUGACCUCCACCCCGCUCAAGUCCAGACCCAGUGUCCCGAGCAGCGUCCUGCAGCGCAGCAGGAGCCUGGAGUCCACCGGGGACUCGACGUCCUCGCUGCUGUCACCCAUCUAUCAUGACAGCUUUGAGCUUUCAGAGGAUGAACCGGAGUCAGAUCAGCCACGGGCCGUUCACAACAUCACUGCCACGUUAAGUGAAGACGUCGCACCAGGCUCUCCAUACAGGGAUGAGGUGGACACAACAGGCCUGGAAGACAGAUCGUCAAAUGUGCAGUUCAAACUGAGUGCUUGGGAGCAGUGGAUUGUCGAUAAAGCCAAAGAAGAGCGUAUCAGAAAGCAACAAAAAGCCAUGGAGGAGCUCACGCUGAUGGAAAAACAGAAAGAGGUGGAAAAAGAACAGCAGAAGAAGAAAGUUGUCAACGACUGCAAACUUCAAGAGUGGCUGCAAAUAAAACGAGAACGGGAAAAGAAAGAGAGGAUGUCCAAAGAGUUUCAGAAGAGCAAAGACCAGCUUCAAGAGGAGACAAAACAUGCUGAGAUUGAAAGAAAAGCUCAGGAGAAAUAUAAGGAGUGGCUGCGGAAGAAGAAGCAACAAGAAACGGAGAGAAAGCUAAAAGAGAAGGAAGAGGCAGCCAGAAGAGAAGCAGAAGACAGGGAGCGCAAAGAAAAAGCAGAGGAAAGCUUUAAAGAGUGGCUUGAAGGUUUAAAAACAAAAGGAAAACUGAGCCGACAGUCAUCAGCAUCCUCAGCUGGCAACUAUAACAAUGUGAACUAUCCAGCUCCGAGUUUCGUCAACCCUAUUCCAUGGAAACCCAUUCAUGUUCCUCAGCAAGAGCAAACACCGAGGAAAAGCUCGACCCGUAAGAGAACCCCAGGACCACCAAAGAGCCAGUCGACCCCCUGUCUCACAUACAGACCUAAAGACAUGAUCAAGUUCGCUUGUAAGAGACGGUGACACUGACCUCUGCUGGUCUGAGACUGCUAUAACCUUGUCUAGAGACUUGAAGC